CCUUCAGUGAAGCUCCUCCCACAACAAUCACAUCUUCAGUGAAGCUCCUCCCACAACAAUCACACCUUCAGUGAAGCUCCUCCCACUGCAGUUCAGCAAUAAAUGCUGGAAUAUUCCCAUCAGUCUACAAGUGAAGACGAGCAUCAGAGCAUCAGGAAGAAGUGAAAUCUGCAGAGACAGAGUUUAUUGAAGGACAGAGAGAACAUGAGAGAUCCAGAACCCUGCAGAAUGAAACACACUGAAGAGCAAACAGAGUUGAUUGAAGAAAACGAGAAGAAUGAAAAACUGAAUGAAGAGGAGAAACAUCAUGUCAAACCUGGAGAAAAACCUUUGAGUCACUCUCAAACCAAACAGAAAGAUUUAAAAAAACGAAGAGCCAAGAAGUCUUUCACCUGCACUCAGUGUGGAAAGAGUUUGACAAGCAAACAUAAUUUUAAGGUUCACAUGAGGAUCCACUCUGAAGAGAAACCGUUCACUUGUGAUCAGUGCGGGAAGAGUUUCACAGAAGCAUCAAAACUUAAGAGACACAUGAACAUCCACACUGAAGAGAAACUGCAUGAAUGUGAUCAAUGUGGAAAAACAUUUUUAAGGGCUUCAGGCCUGAAGAAUCACUUGAAAGUUCAUUCAAAGGAGAAACCACAUUCAUGUUCUUUAUGUGGAAAGAGUUUUUCACAACUGCGGAGUUUAAAAGUUCAUCAGAAGAUACACACUGGUGUGAGAGAUCAUAUGUGCUUUGAGUGUGAGAAGACUUUUAUUAGAGCUGAUCAAUUAAAACAGCACCAGAUGAUCCACACUGGAGAGAAACCUUACAUGUGUUCACACUGUGACAAGAGAUUCAGUCAUUCAGAAACCCUGAAAUCACAUGAGAGGAUCCACACUGGAGAGAAACCUUACAAGUGUUCACACUGUGACAAGAGAUUCAGUCAGUCAAGAAUCCUAAAAAAACAUGAGCGAAUCCACACUGGAGAGAAACCUUACAUGUGUUCGCACUGUGACAAGAGAUUCAAUCGGUCAGAAACUCUGAAAAUACACGAGAGGAUCCACACUGGAGAGAAACCAUAUGCGUGUGAUCAGUGCGGGAAGUGUUUUGCUCAAAAAGGACAUCUUACUGCGCAUCUGACCAGUCAUACGGGAGAGAGACCGUUCACAUGUGAUCAAUGUGGGAAGAGUUUUGCACAAUCAACAAUCCUUAAGAAACACAAGAACAUCCACACUGGAGAGAAACCAUUCGCAUGUGAUCAGUGUGGGAAGAGUUUUUCACGAUCAACAAUCCUUAAGACGCACAUGAACAUCCAUAUUGGAGCGAAACCGUUCACAUGUGAUCAAUGCGGUAAGAGUUUCACACAACAAGGAUUCCUUAAAAUACACAUGAACAUCCACACUCGAGAAAAGCUGCACACAUGUGAUCAAUGUGGAAAAACAUUUUUGUGGGCUUCAAACCUGAAGAAUCACCUGAAAGUUCAUACAAAGGAGAAACCACAUUCAUGUUCUUUCUGUGGAAAGAGGUUUUCACAGCUGCAGAAUUUAAAAGUCCAUCAGAAGAUACACACUGGUGUGAAAGAAUAUAUGUGCUUUGAGUGUGAAAAGACUUUUAUUACAGCUAAAGAAUUGAAUCAGCACCAGAGGACCCACACCGGAGAAAAACCUUACACGUGUUCACACUGCAACAAGAGAUUCACUCAGUUGGGAACCCUGAAAUCACACGAGAGGAUCCACACUGGAGAGAAACCUUACAAGUGUUCACACUGCAACAAGAGAUUCAGUCAUUCAGGAAACCUGAAAACACAUGAGAGGAUCCACACUGGAGAGAAACUUUACACGUGAUCAAUGUGGAAAAACAUUUUUGAGGGCUUCAGUCCUGAAGAAGCACGUGAAAGUUUGUUCGAAGGAGAAACCACAUUCAUGUUCUUUAUGUGGAAAGAGAUUUUCUUGGCUGAAAGGUUGAAAAGUUAAUCACUGGCAAAGUUGGGUAGAGUAUCCAAAAAUCAAGUAAAAUUAAUAAUCUUUAUAUUUACUAAAAAACAGUGUCGCCUCUCUCGGCGUCUGUUCUGAGCAGUGAGCGGCAGAGAAGCAGCACAUUCAGUUGGCCGUAAUGCUGCAAAAUCGUCAAUAAAUCAUUUACAAAACAGCGUUUCCAAACACCUGUCGCUUACUGACUGUUUGGACUUUUAAAUAUGAACAUAAUUCGACUGUUACUAUGAGCAUAGUUUGCUACUCAGACGCAGGCAGUGCGCUGAAUUAGACAAAACGGAAGCCUAGCUAAUAUAGCCAAAACCACCGCAUAUAGUCGCUUUUUAGUGUAAGUUAGAUGUAUAUUGAUUUUAUCAGACGAUGUUGCGAUUAUAAAUCAGGAUUUAAGGAGUAUAGUGAGAGUGAUUCCUGGUUAAUGUAGUAUUAAUGGGUCGUGUUUACUAUACUUGUUUUAUGUACGACAACAGAAAAUAUAAUGUGAACCGCUUUAUUGGGCAUUCAGUUGUAUUACAGUAUGUGACAUUUCAUAGAGUAGAACAGAUCUGAAAUGCCAAAACUCGUCUGAACGCGAACUUGAUGCAAUGAUGCCAUAAAUAUGCAAAUUAAUAUGUGACGUCACCUGCUGCCACAAGUCUCACAAAAUCCUGUGGGAAACUGCAUAUUUACUUCAUAUAUUUACUGCAAUAUCUUCCAUAUUAUUCCUUUUAUACUAUGAACUGUUGUAUGAGUAUUUACGAUGUCACAAAUACCUGCUUGUUCUCGCUUGCUUGGGAAAAACAGGAUAACGUGAGAAUUUAGGGAUGAUGCUACGUGAGGAAUGAAAUUGAUCAAGUGUUUAUCAAGCUUUCUUAAGCUAUAUAUGGUAAUAUUGGGAGACAGCUAUUGAAAACAAUAGGCCAAAAGAGUAUAAAAGCAGAGAAGCAUGCUCAGUUAUGUUUCCCAGACAUGGCGGAGCUCACUGCUGUCUGUCUGAACUUUUUGCAAAAAUAAAAUAAAUCCAAAGAC